AUGAUAUACACGGCUUGCGCGCGUAUGAUCCACGCGAUCAAGAUGGUGGGCAUAGCCCCCGCCAUCGACAAUUUAUCAUUUAAUCUUCAGCUAUCGGACGCUCAGCAACAGGCAAGGGCAAGCGUACCACUUCCAUAUACUAAUGAAGGAAAAGCUCCAACGGGUGACAGUGAAAUUAUUUACAUUCCUGACCAAGCCGACGAUUUUGACGAUGAUGAUCCGGAUGACGAUUUGUAUAUAUGA